AUGUCUGGCCUUACACCAGCGGCCUCAAGUUCAGACGCGGAGCUCCAGCAGUUGGCGACAGAAGAGACUAGGAAUUUUCGCGGCUCCGAAGCGGGAGCAACAGACACAGCAAUCGCGAACAAGCGCCAAGACAUUGUCCAAAAGGCACAAGAUGUGGUAGCCGACCCAGGAGCAGUGCCUGAGCUUAGAGAAGUCAAAACCGACGUGCCGGAAGAAAUCAUACGGAAAGCCGAAGAGCAACCACAAGGUUCCAUGUACCAAAUUGAAAGCCAACUAGAAGUGUUCGAGGGCCCAGGAGAAAUCGUCGAGCCCGGAGAAGAAACGCCCGUACAGAAAGAAACUGGAAGGCAAGAGGAAAAUCGAGAAGAAAUAGCCAGGCAGACAGGCGGCAAAUAUGCGUUCCUAUUCUGGAACAUCAACACACUCAAAAGAGACACCUCAGAAAACAGCGCUUGGGCCUUGCUAAAAGGAUUGCUAAGUUCGACGGGCAACCCGAUAUUAAUGUGUUUUUUGUGUGAAGUUCAUCAAGAACCAAAUGAACUGGGGCAGCACGCAGCAGAAGCUAGGGAAAUUGGCUAUAAAAUGGUGAUACCUCGGGUAGAGUAUCUAAAUGGAGACCCAUCGGCGGAAAAAUGCCGUAAUUUGGUGUUGCUACGCCACGAUGUUGCAACAGAUAUAGAAGGCGUUACGACCAUAGAAUUUCUACACGAGCGCAUUAAGACCGACCGCCUAACCUACCUUGCACAUGACGAAGUGCUCUAUAUUUUUAUUCAUCGCCAAACACGCGGUGGAAAUAAAACCGAGGUAAGAGCAGAUCGUUUAAUCGCAGAAAAAUUAAGGGACCUAGUGCGUGGACGCAACCAUGUGCUAUUUUUUGGCGAUUUCAACACUGGCUAUAUCGAUUGGGAGCGACUAGUGAACUCGGACCGUCGAACAGCGCCACGUGCGCAAAGCAUUAUGGAGCUAAUGGGGGAUCUUGGAUUUACACGGGAAUGGGUGCGCGAACCAACACGUGAAGGUAUGUGUCUCGAUUUGCUAUUUUCGAGACAAAACGGUGGCGCACCAUAUGGCGUCCAGCCAACCGGCAAAUGCCACGUAAUGGAAGCAAAUGGAAGCGAUCAUAAAAUAUGCUUCUUCGGCAUCAUCAAGGAAAAACCUUGGCACAUUAAGACAAAGCCUCUUUACCAAUUCAACAUCGGCGUGACUAACGGUAGCCCAGCCCUAAGAACGUACGAUCUGAAAAUCCAUAACAUGGCAGAUUCAGAAAUAAGCCUCAAUAUCCGGAACACCAGCAUACACGGGUUCAAGAUGCGCUUUUACGAUAAAGUCCUGGACAAAGAACCAAUAAGGGAGCCGCAGCAAAAUUUCACAAUUGAAGCAAAGCAAUACCAUCUGAUCAAGUUAGAAUUUAUUGAUGAACCGCGCCAGAUUAGUGCGGGCACGGAUCCCGAUUGGAUCAUACUGACAAAUGCUAAAACAUAUGAAGAACAUCACAUCCGACUCCGCUACUACUCGGCGCCCGCUGUGGCCACG